GAUUUGAUUGAUUUGAUUUGUUGAGAAGGAGAUUGGAUUGGAUUGGCUAUUCUUGACUCUACUUGACUCGAAUCAAAAUCUUGAUAUCAAGAUUGAUGAAGUAUUCAGACAUACAACAACGAACAGCUCCAUCCAGUCAAACCAUAUGCCAAGAUGUAGGUCUGCUCCAUGACACAUUCAGUAUAAGCAUACCAUCAUCCACUCAUCCACAUUGGCCUAGAUCAUCAAGCAUGGCACCGUCGCAACAUUGAUUCAUACUGGGUACUUACUCCGAAGAAUCACCAGUUCUCGGAUUCCUUGCAUUCAAAGUUCAGAAAAGGCAAUUGUCCCAUGUACCAAACAGUUCACCAGGUUCUGCCUAUUUCUUAAUCUAUAAUAUGUGCAUUACAUAAGAAACACGGGACCAACAGUUGGACUGGUGGAUUGACUAGUUGGACAAUAUCCUCAUGUACUUAGUAGGUACUUGUAAAGGAGCUGUUGGGUAUUUCUACGGAUAUGGCAAGAUGAUUAAGGGUGAGCGAUAGCGCUAGUACUGGCUUCCAUCUCCUUAUAAUGAUCUUUUGAAACUUUCUCUUCGGAAACCCUUUUCUGUUAUUCACAUUAUUUUCUGUUCACCCUAGCUCAAAAGCUCAAGAUGUCUCUCAAAGGCAAGGAGGUUGAGUUGUCGCGCGAAGUACACUUAAUUCUACGCAGAAAUCUUCGGAUGUCGCCCCAGGAUAGAGCAUUAUACGAGCGUGUUGCAACGUUGAAAGAUCCCACAUCAAUCGCUCGCGCAGAGAAGAAUCAGUUAGAUGGGCUUCCACCUCCAGAUGAAGAAGAUAGACUUUGUGUGGAAAAGGUUGGCUUAGCUAUGGCGGAGCUGAAGGACAAAGUGGCAGUCAGCCACGUUACCCUUACUCAGGAAGAGGCUGAUAUCAUCUUAUUUGGCGCUACGUGGGAACUAGAUAAUCCAGCCAGUGGCAAAAGAUAUCUUCUGUGGUCUAUGGACCUUGUGGAGGCAGAACGGCAGCUUGUCGAAAAAGUACAGACGUCCUUGGGUAAUCCUUAUGACAACGCGAUCAAGCGCCUUGCCGGAAAACGAUGGGAUGAACUAAGACAACUCGAUCAGCCAGCCAGGGAGCAACGGCGUGAGCAGAAAGCACAGGAAAUGCGUGCCGCGUUUGCCGCGCAAAGGGAAGCUGGUCGGCCGAGAUGGGUGCAGGAAAUGCUUGCCGCGAAGCUAGCUCAUUGGGGGUUUGUUAUCUUUCGGACAGAUUAUCGUGAAGGUAAAGAUAAGAAAUGGCAUGUCUUCAAAGGCGUUUACAGAAUGACCGCAGCUAUUGUGCUACGUGACUGUUGGAACAAAGCAAACACCCUGGUUACGACACAGAAAUCUUUUCUUGUUUCUGAUCCAAAACUGGACGGGGCGAGCCUGGACACAUUACGAGAAAGAUUCAAGAGAAUGAGGGAAAAUGACGAGAUUCCUAGUGGGAGAGCAACGGAUUGCUUUCUAGUGGUAGAUGAGGCGGUUCUUGACCACAAUGUGAUAUCAACGAAGACUCUUUACAAACCUAAAAGUCCCGGGGAAGCGGAUCCCUGGGAUACUACACUGUCUUUAAGAGCUGUAGAUCCGGAUUAUAACAACACAGAUACAUUGAAUUUCGAAGGAUACAUUACGAUUCCUCUUCCUAAGGUCUUUGACUGGUUGUACUACUGUUUCAUGCCCAAAAGUAAGUAUUGGAAAACGCGAUAUCUGAUCACUAAGGGAGGUCCUGCGGAGGUGAUGGACCCUGACGCGCCAUAUCCAGCCUAUCGUUCAGGUAUGGAAUCACUUUUACCAUAAAUGAAUGGUAUGAUCGAACGAUAUCUGUCCAUAAUUGCAGUCUAGAAUUGUAAAGACACAUUAUAAGAAAUUGGUUCUUGCUCAUGUUUUUCUUAUUUACAAUCAUGCAAGAUAAUUCGAUUUCUUGCGGCGAUUUGUUCAUGAUGGUCCAUAUGACCGUGAGUCGUUCCUGAAAUUAAACCAGAAGGUAUUCAAGUCAUUAUUCAAUUCAUAAUUUGGAUUCAUUUCAAUUAAAAUGCCAUUGUAAAGAGCCAUUAUUAGUACGGUGUACAAGCUGGUGCGAUGCCCAGCGGACUAGGAAAUAAGAAAAUUAUAUCGGCGAAUAUAACCGCA